AGCGCCGCAAUCACGCCUCAGUUUCGUAUCCUUGGAUGGAACAUUCAUCUUGUCUGUGGCCCAGAGGAGGAUCAUUUUGCAGGCUUAUAUCAUCCACCCAGCAGCAACAGCUUGACCUACGGCGACAUCAUCAACGAGUUGUGUCUUUGCUUCAAUAUCACAGCGUCUGGUGUGACAGAUGACUCCUGGGGUGAUGUUGCAUUUGGAUACCUUGGUUCGGUGGGUGCAAGCCUGCAACCACUUGGUGGACCUGCGACCACAGCUACUCCCUCAUCGCCCAGGUUGAUUCACGGACAAGAGCUUGACCAGUCUGUUUCAACACCCCCGGGUGAUCCCUCUGGUGAACAACGGCCGCCGAUUGUGCGUCUUCACGUCGUGCGUCAUAAAGAUUGCAAGAUCGCCGCCGAGACAUCGCUGAAGGGACAUCUGCAAGCUGGAUGUGCCAAGCACAUUCCUUAUCCAUCCCUCCGGCGCGAUGAUCGCUAUCUUCCCCCCAACAAACCAUCCACUGAUUGCCGCUUUUCGCGAUUCCCAUAUCGCAAGACAAUCCGCGCCCGGGGUUCCCAAUCUCCUCCGAAGCGUUCCGCCUCAGGCUCCGCGUCGCCGACUAAGGAUCCGGCGUUGAACCAAGUCGAGGACGUCACGGAUCUUGUCGCCCCGCCAGACUUUGACAUCCCCAUCGAAACGGCCCGGCAGACCAUGGCCUCGUUCCGCAACUCAUGUUUGAGCGGCACUGCCAGGUGUGCCAUCACAGGCAAAGGUCGGUCCUGGUAUAUGAAUCCAACCGUCGGUCUUGGAGUGCAGGCAUGUCAUAUCGUGCCUCAGCAGCAUUACCACGUCUACCCGGUCCCAAGCUCUUUCCCAGGGGGUAGAUACGAUCCUCGGCGACUACGAGCGGCUUGGGAGCGAACAUGGUCCGCCAAGAACGGACUGUUGCUGUUCAGCCAUCUGCACGAACUUUUCGAUGCCAGGCUCUUUUCCAUCCAUCCCGACACCCUGCGGAUACGCGUCUUUAUGCCGUAUGAUGUGCUCCUCGACUACCACGGUGUUCUUGCCCAGCUAUCUCCAACUGUUGAUCGCAGAGCGCUGCGUCAUCACUACGACAUGUGCUGUAUUGAGAACAUGGCUGCCGACAUGCCC